AUUAAACAUAAGCAAUUUGUGUUUACUUUUAAGAGCUCUUCGAAUAACAUCUGGUAUAAGGUCUGAGUUUAUUAUUACUGUUUAAACACAUAUAGCCUGGUUCGCAUGGGACUAAAAAUCACAACAUAAACUGGACGCCUCCCCCUCCACACACAAAUAACCAGUAAAAAUAUACAGGCCGCAAUGUUCCGCGGACUGCCGCACCGAGGAGGCAAGGACGAGAGAGGAGAGAGGCAUGCACAGCAUUACCCACCCCGGGGUCACUCGCCUCCGCCGGGGGGAUAUCACCGGGACAAGCGGGAGGACAGGGAGCGUUACCACUUCUCUGGGUACCGCGGAAAGCCUGAUGGCUACCGACGCUCUCCUCCUGGGAGGAGGUAUCCCUCCCCGGGCAGGAGCAGUAACCGAGGACCGGUGAGCGAGUACCGUGGGCCUCCACCAAUUGAUCAUUCAGACAGGAUACUGUCUUCAUCUCCACCGCAUUCUAGCAUCCCCCUUGAUCACAGUUUGAUAAUCACAGUUGGGAAUGAACGGAGCCAUAGUGGCUCACCAGACCACAGGAGAGAUGACCCUCCAAUCAAUCACAGAUACAGGGGUGAUCUGGAGGAAGACUACAGCAGAAACCCUCUACCGCUAAGAAAAAUUUAUUCGCGUAACCGGGAAGACCAUGACUUCCUCGGGGAGAGCCCACACUACCCUCACAGGCGAGAGGAGGGACAUGGGAGAAGCAGCCGAGAAAGAGAAAAGUUCCUUAAGCUCCACUACCUGCCCAAGGAAGCCAAGAUACCCAAGUACGACAUGGAGCCUGAGGGCAGGGGUUACUGCUCCGAGAGGUCCCGUCGGCCCGAUCGCACCAUGGAGAGUGGCCGUAGCAGGGUGCGCAGCCGCAGCAGAGGCAAGAGCAGGGGCCGAAGCAGAAGUUGUAGCAGGGGCCGGAGCCACAGUGCCAGCCCGCUCAAAAGCAGUUUAAAAAAUGACACCAGUGAGGGCUUCCGGGAGCUGGUGCAGGCUCGCAAGAGAAAGGAGAAGGAGGAGCUGGAGAGGCUUGAGCAGGAGAUUGCUCAGCGUGAGAUGGCUGGAACUAUAGGUUAUGGAAUCCCUGUGCUGCCUGUCCGGUCGACAGAGGCUGCUGAGUUCAGGCAGCAGCAACUUGAUGAAGCGCCACCAAUGCCUAAGAAGUCCAUUCUUAAGAAGCGUGUUGAGCCAGAACUGGAUUCUGCCCUUAGCAUUCAGAGCAGUGACUACUCCAGCAGACUCCCUGAAGUGCAGCAAAGCAACAAUUUAUCUACAGAGGCGGAGCGUUUCCUCAACACGCUUAACAGAGGCAUGGAUUCUGAACUAUUUUCUGCUCUGCUAAGAGAAGCAAGAGAGGAGACUUAUGCCAAAGAGACAAUAGGGAAGCUUACUGAAGGCUCAUUCCUCUAUGAGGAGCAUUAUGAGGAAUCCUAUAGGAAAGCAGAGCCAGAGAAUCUUGUGGAGAGCGCUGGUGAAUUCCUCCUGCCACACGAGAGGGUCAGUCACGAUGGCAGUGGGUUUUCUAGAAUUUUAGGAAUGAUGGGUGAUUUCCCCAGCCCACAGGAAAAGCUGAGGCGUUCUCCAGAUAUUGAAGAUGAGGAAAAAUUCCUCUAUGGAGAAGAGGAAGUUGAGAGGUCAGAGGCUCAGGUGCAGGCUGGACUGGCCCGGCAACAGAGCCAGCCAGGUCAUUCUGGAAUUGUCCACCGUCAGCAGAGCCAUCAAGGGAUGGACCACCAGAGCAAGCCUGUGGUCGGCAAGCAACACAGCAAGACUGCCAUUAGUGAGCGUCAGGUGAUCCAGGCUGCAGCUAGCCACAAUCAAGAAAACCAGCCUGGGAUUUUGCAUCACCAGAACCAAUCUGGGAUUGUCCAUCAGAAAGAGAGCCAGUCUGGGAUUAGUCACCAUCAAUUGAUUCUUUCUAGGAUUCCGCGCCAUCAUCUUGGCCAGCCUGGGGUUGGACAGCAUCAAGAAAGCAAAUCAGAGAUUGGUCAUCAUCAACAGAGUCACGCAAGGACUGAUCAUCCUCAAGGGAGUCAGCCACAAAGUGUGCACAGUCAGCAGAGCCAACCUGUGUCAGUCCAUGGUCCACACGGGACAUCCCAAGAUGACCUGGAUCCCUCUCCAGUGAAAGGAGAAGAGACUCAGGAUUCCAGGGAGUAUGAAAAGAUUCAAACCCUGCUAAAAACAAUUGGUCUAGAUAUGGGGGUGACUGAAAUCAGCAAGCUGGCUGCACGGACUCAGGAGCGCUUGCAUGGGAAGAAACCUCCAACAGGGUCUUCUCGUUACUCUGACGGAGAAAGAGGACGCAGGGUAUCAGCAGGCAGAAACUGGGAGAACCAGCACAGCCACAGCCAUACCAAGUCUCCUGAGUCAGAUUACAACCAGUCCACCUCUCCAUCCCCUACUACACGAGCCUCUCAUGGUGAAAAUCCUUCUUCCUCCUUCACAUCAGAGUACAGUGUUAAACAGGGUGAAAAAAAGGGAUGGGAAAUCCCUGUUUUAGGGGAAAAUGUCAAGCUGGCUCCAGUAUCCUCUGCCUCUGUCCCCCCUACGACUGCCCAACCUAUUGUCUCCUUAACCCCCUCACCUACUUACUGUAUGCCACCAUACUCUCAAUACCAACCUACACCAGCCACACCAAACUUUCCCCCGCCUGGCUAUGAUCAGUAUGGAAAUUACAUGCCUUACAUGUCCACAGGUUGGCCAGUGUACCCCCCUCCAUCACAGGAGCCUCAACCAGGACCCCAACAAGGUGUUGUGUCUGGUCACUCAACUGGUCACCCACCCAUCAAAGAGCAACAUGUGACAUCUUCUAGGCCCUAUCUCCGAGUCAUCGAAACUGUGUCCCUCAGUCGGACAAAAGUAAAGCCCAAAAAAGAUGAGUCUGCUCUUGUCCAAGUGCCAGUGAUGGACAGACUAGAAAAUAAUAAUUCAUCCAACCGCAUUGUGUUAGAGGGGCAAAAUAAACAACGGAGAGAAUCAGAAGAGAAAAACAAGGCCAAUGAGAAGCAAAAGGUUAUAGAAGAAAGGGUGGCAUUGAAGAAAGAAAAAGAGGUCCGUUUGAAAAGAAAGGACCAUCUCAUGAAAGAACUGGAGAGAUUGCGAAAGCAGCAAGGAGAGCUUCUGCGUAAGAAGCGCAGGGAGAAGGACGGUCACAAGGACCCUUUGCUGGUGGAGGUGAGCCGGCUUCAAGAAGAAGUCAUGCAGCAAAUCUCUGUGAUCCGUAAGGAGCAUGAAGCCGCCGAGAAGAAACAGGCAGAGCUGGACAAGGUGGCUCAGAUCUUGGGCCUGCACAUUUCUGACAAACAGAAAAAAACUCCCAAGGAUAUUAGAGAGACCCCUCCAGAGAAAAGAAAAGAGAAACCAAAGAGCCCCGAAAAACCCUUCCCCGCGUUCCCCUCCAACGCCUCCUUGUCUAAGGAAGUCCCCAUUUUGAAGUCUGGUCCUGAAAAGCCCAAGUCUAAAAGCCCAAAUCGUUUCCGACCACCGAAGUCUGCAGAUCAGUAUGAAUAUUAUGAUGCUGGUAAUCAUUGGUGCAAAAACUGCAACACGCUCUGCGGGUCCAUGUUUGAUUUUUUCACACACAUGCACAGCAAAGCUCAUAGAAAGACACAGGAUCCUUAUGACAGACCCUGGGCUUCAAAAGCCUCUAAAAAUGACAAGAAGACUGAGAAAAUCGUUGUUCCUGCCAAAGGUUCUGAGUUUUUGACCCCUGUCAUAGGAUUUUACUGCCAGCUAUGUGAAGAGUUUUUUGGAGAUCAGAUCUGUGCUGAAGAUCAUGUUUCAAGUUGUAGUCAUAAUGAAAAAUAUAAGAAAUACGCUGACGAGAACCCGCUGUAUGAACAGAGGAGGAAUCUGGACCGUCAAGCAGGUCUGGCGGUAAUCAUAGACAAUAAAGAGCGAAGGCAGACAGAGCUGAAAAGGAAAAUGGAGGAGGACCACAAAGUUCAGAAAGCGGAAGAGGAGAAAGCAAAGGUAAUGGUAAAGGAGGAAAGUGAAGAGCCUGGGAGCCCCAUGGAGCUGUGUGAAAAGGCACCUGCACCUCUUAAAGGGGACAGCAACUCGAAGCACGUGGUGCAGCUUAGGCUGAAAAAAAAACCUGAGGAGUCAGCAAAGAAUUCUGCAGAGUCUAACACUUUCGGAAAGUUCUGCUGGAAGAAGUCGGACAAGGAAGAGGAGAAUGUGUCAGAACCGACAACCGAAAAGGAAGAGCUAGAAGAUAAGGAGGAUGGGAAGGCACAGUUUGGGAAAACAGAAACCAUUGCGAUUAAGCUCUCGGGAAAGACGGUUAUUCCCCACACCAGUGUACGGAUGCCCUUUAGAACUACCCCUGCCGUGGCAACCCAAGCAAAAAUUCGUCCUAACUUGCCUGCCCCAGCUAUGCAGCUCAGAAAAGCUAGCAGCACAGCAGUUAAUAAACCUGCCCCUUUAAACGCCUUCCUGUCUAUAAGACCUGCUGGUACUGCUGCCAGCAAACCCCUACCUGUUGUUAACAAUAAUCCAAAAAAGGAUGUUAUUUUGACACCUGAUCUUAUUUCGAAGGCAUUUUGUGUGGAGGAAGUUGUACUUAAAGCUUCUCCUGUGAUGGGAGUAAAAACUCCUGUCACCACCACAGUGACAGAAGCAAAAACUCCAAUGGGGGAAGUAAAAAGUAACACGGAGGCAGAAGUAAAAACUCCAGUGCCAGAAAAGAAAACCCCUUCCAUUCCUCAUCCAGUAAUGCAGGCAGUGAGUUUUAAUUGUGAUGUGGCAGCACCUGGUGUGCCAGAAAGUGAACAAAACUUGACCAUACUCGUCCACCCACCUUCUUUACAUAAGGAUCGGGGGGAGUGGACAAAAAAAGGCGAAAAACCCAAAUCAAACUUGGCUGCGGCCAAUGCACAAGAUCUGUAUGAUAUUUUUUAUAGUAGCGGUGGGAAAGGUUCCUCCGAUGUCAAAAAUGAAACGAACACAAGAAAUACCGAGAUGCAAGCCAAUUAUGGAGAAAGCACCAUAUCUUGUAGUACAGAAUUGGAAAAUAAAAAUUUAAAUAUCCCUGAAACUGAGAUGGACCCCGUGACUCAGGAGGUACAAAAUGUAGUUGAAAAUGCAGAGGAUUUAAGAUUGGAGAUGAUCAACAAAUGCAGUGAUCUAAGCCCUCCAAGCCUGGGAGCCGAAUUAAAUGAAAUAAAUAGAGAAGAGGAGGUGCACAGUAUUUCAGGUCACCUGAUGUUGGAAGAUAUUGGUGAGGUGGUUGGAUCAUUUGCCUUAGAAACUGAUACCCCUGAACCCCCUGAUAUAAGCUCCUCUCAGGAAGCAGAGCAGUCUAAAAAUGGACAGAUCACUCAUUUUACAGCCCUGGAAUCUCUUGAAGCCAGUCAGUCAGACAACGUUCUGGAGAACGAGGCUGAGGAGCAUUUUGCAAGUCUUUCGUCUCACCCUAAAGAUGAAGAUCCGAAGGAUACAGGUCUCGUAGAGAGCAUUUCUGAUAAUACCGAAAAUAAUCUGAAAUGUACUUGAAAUGUCUACAUUUUUGUUUUCACGGUUUGUAUGUUGAUACUAAUAUGACAUAUUUUUAACGUUCACCGCUCUUCUCCGGUUAUGUUUUGGCCUAAGUUGUAUUUAAUCAUUUUGUUAUUGUUUGUUCUUAAAGGCACACAUGUAGAUGCAUUUUUUCUUUUUUGUAAGUUUCUUAUUUUCCAUUACUUUUGCCAUUCCUGACACUUAAGUUUUUAAAAGUGGAAUUUACAAAUAAAUGUAAAGGUAACUUGUACUGUGUCUGUACAGAAAUUGUUCUUGUUCAUGAAAAUGUGUACUUUUUCUGUUAAGUAGUGAUGGGCAUCAAUAUUGAUAUUUUGGUAUGAUAUCGAUAGUAAUUUCCAUAUUGCGAUAUUGUGAGAUUUAAUUUUUUUUGCUUCAUCAAUAACUUUUUUUAAUAAAACUGACAUAAACAUGGUGGGUCAGUUGCAGCAUACCAAAUGUAGUCCACUUGAUGUGUCUAACUAGUGGAUUUAGUCCACUUGAUUGGACUAAAGUUAGUACACCUUUAAAUCCCGAUUGCAGUGUACCAGAAUUUAAUCAUCACAAGUAGAUCAUCUGCUAAAUCAGACUAAACAAGAUCCUGAUUGCAACGUACCAAAUCAGAUCCGUGAUGAUCCUGUUCAAGUGGAUUAACUUAGUACGCUUGCUUGUGACAUCUGAAAACUUUAUUCUGCACAUUUCUUCUGUCCGUCAUGUUCGGGCAGUCAGAUCUAUUAGAAUAAAGUCUUGUACAAUAUAUAUAGGACCUACAUUUAAAUACACUUUUUAAACAUGUACCUCCUGAUAGCAUUUUCAAGGCCUAUGCAGCAGUGUCGACAUCUAAAAUGCAAGUACAGUAUGAUCCGCCAAUUUGAAAUGUGCAUGAAAAAGACAUUCAAAAUGUCUCAUUUAAUUUGUCUGUUUUUUGUAUAUGGAAAACUACAAAGUGUUAUGUAAUUUAAUAUAUUAACGUAACAUUAUUUAGCAGGUUUCAUUAGACUUUAUGAAGCAGAAUUUGUUAAUUCUAUAGGGUGAGGCAAAUCUUUUGGCCGUAGCGGCAGGUUAGUCCCCAUUAUCAGUCUAACUUGCUCCGAUCAGUUAAACCAAUUACCAGGAUCAUCUGUUUGGUAUGCUGCAUUCAGGAUUAAAUUAGCACAGAUAUGCAGUCUAGUCUGCAUUUUUGUCCACUUGAUGUGGACUAAAUCACUGGCAAUUGACCCGGUAACUACUAAUCUAUCAGUAAUUAAGCAUUUUAUUUCAUUGAUUAGCAUUUAGGUACCAAAAGCUGUUUGCAUUUAGCAUUAAGUUUGGCACUUUUGGCCGUCCAUAGGGUGUUACUCCAUGGAUAUUAUGAAGGAAAGGAUCACUAAGUUAUGUAUAAUAUAUACAUACAUUUGUUUGAUAUUAUCAUUAGCAAAAUACAUGCUCGAUAUCUGUCAAAUUUUCAUAUCGUUGCGCACCACUAGUUAAAAGUAGACUCAAGAUUUGUGUUUUGUUUUUUUUUUAAUGAAAAAACAUGCGAAAACAGGGAGGACAGCUUCAUUGAUAAGAAGUGAAAAGGAAAAACCUGGCAUGGAAGGAAGAAACAAUUGGUAAGGAAGGAACUGCACCAUGGACCAAAGGUGAUUUUUAAAAAAGCAUUUAACAUGUACAUUGUCAUGCUGCUGUGAUCCAGUAAUUGUUGUCUGUUACAGCGUACAAUGAAAAGAACUGAAGAUAUGGGAAAGAAAAAGAAAAGGUUUGAACAACUGACUGGAUAUUACAGACUGCCCAUUUUGAUUUAUAAAUGUGCUAGUUGGCUCUAUCACUAGUGUUAAUGUUGGUUCUGCUUGUUUGAAACAACUGUAUUCUUUGUUCUACAUUAAAUCAAAGUAUAAAAAACA